AUGGAUUCCGCCUGGACCUUGGAACCGACCACGGUGGUGCUCAGAGGCUUGCCGAAACGCCUGAACGCCGAGACUUUGUUGGGACUUUUGGAUGCAAACUUCUUGGGCUGCUACGACUAUUUCUAUCUACCCCUGGAAAACGUGGAGCGCUUGGAGGGCCUGGGACUCGGCGAGGCCUACAUCAACUUUCGUUCGCACGAGGCCGCCGUCGUGUGCCAGCGCUACUUCACGGGCUUCACCGGAUGGCCUGGUGGCUUUCACGGAUGGGGAGAGGGGACGUGUAGAGGCGAGUGGUCCUCGAUCCAAGGGUUGGAGGCCAACAUCGAGAAGCAGCGGCAGGCUGAUUGGGUGAACUGCAAUGUGCCAGAGGACUGCAAGCCAAUGGUUUUCGAUGAGCAGGGCAUUCGCCUCCCCACCCGGGAGGUGUUUCUGGACCGUCGAGGGUGGGGCAGCUCGAAGGGCGAUCAAUGGACCAAAGAAUGGUAUGGAAGCAGCUCCAAGGGCUUGCACUCGUAUCCUGACCGCUGGUCAGACUGGAGGAAGGACGAGUGGUCUGAGUGGUCCAGGUCACCGCAUCCAUGGUCGGAGCCUUCCCGCCAUCGAGAAGUAGACGAAACAACCCUGGCCCUCGGGCCAGGGAUGCCCACGUGGGAGCUGGAGGAUAGCCAAUCCCAGCCGAUCGUUGAAAUGCGAUUGAAUGUCCAUGAGAUCUUCCCCAAGCUUUUCUCACUGGACGAAACAGUGGGUGCUGACUCCUCCUCGGUGAAUUCCAGUGCAGUUGUUGGCGCGGCGAAUUCCAGUGCGGCGCCAACAAGCUGGAGCGUUUUGGGAGAGGCCAAAUAUGCAUGUCCAAGUUGCGGCGCCUGCUUUGCCAAGUGGUCUGCCUGUCAGCAUCACAUCAUUGCUUCGAGUUCUUGCCAGUGCCCGGAGAUCACCAACAUGGAAGAGCUGCAAGAGGUCUGCAAGCGACAGGUGAUCUCCGAUGGCCCUGAUAUAGAUCCAACGCCCUUUCAUGACAAUGAGUUUGUUGACCUGUGGACCCGGGUGAAGGCUGCAGAAGGCGUCUAUGUCUGGCAGCAGGUGAAGAGCCAUGUGACCAAGACCUACAACUGCGUCACCGGGUUGGAAGAUGCAUCACGGUGGACCUCGGAGAAACGCGACUACUGCUGUCAGCACUUCAACAAGGUGGCCGUGGUGCCUGGGGCCGUGGAGACCGGGGCGCAACUCUAUAGUGUCGAGACCGUGCAGAAGUCCAAGGAGGCCAAGAUGAAGGCGGCCAUGGCGGGCGGCAAAAGCCGCAAGAAGAAGUGGGCCAAGGGCAAGGUCAAGGAGAAGCUGGCGAACUUGGUCAUGUUUGACAAGGCCACCUACGACAAGAUGCUGAAAGAGAUCCCCAAGGCGCGGCUCAUCACGCCCUCCGUGGUGAGCGAGCGGCUGAAGGUGAACGGCUCCGUGGCGCGCCAGGCGAUCCGACACCUGGAGGACCGGUGGGGGACGAGUGGUGCUGGCGCGGGCGAGGAGGCGAGUGGAUGCAGCGCCGCGCGGUGGUGCGGUGGUGCGGUGGUGCGAGGGGUGGUGCGGAAGAGGUGCGGAAGAGGUGCGGAGCGGAAUGAGGGGUAUGAGCGGAAUAUUUGA